GGUCUUAUCAAUGCGGCGCUGACCAGCCCAGAGAUAGUCGUUACCGGCACGCGCUGCCUUCUCCAUUGUUCGGCAGUCGCCGCACACGACUGUGCUGCCGUGACCUGGCUGGCCACCUGAUCCGGUUCUCUGCCUCCGCUGGCGCCUCCUCGUCCUUGUGGCGUCGAGAACCUCGCAGGGCCACCUUUCAGGUUCAGUGAACCCGUCUUUCUUCCUUUAGACAUCGGAUCUUCGACUGCUAGCCAUGGAGGAGAGCAAGAGCACAGACGAGCUGGCGGAGAUGGACGUCGAUGUCAAUGUGGAGGCCGAUAAGUACCAACUGCUGCCGUGUCUGCCCUGGCGGUACGCCAUCGCCAUCGUGGGUCUGUUCGGAUUCGCCUCCGGUUACGCGAUGCGUGUCAACAUGUCGGUGGCCAUAGUGAAGAUGGUGUCCAACCAGUCAUCGGCUCCGCCGAGUGGCCAUACGUGUCCUCGGACCAAUAACGACACAACCGAGUAUAACCCGGACGGAUUCGACUGGGAUGAGUCGGUGCAGGGGAUCGUGCUGAGCAGCUUCUUCUGGGGCUACGCCAUCACCCAGUUCCCGGCCGGCCGGAUAGCCGAGGUGUACGGACCCCGGCUGGUGUUCUUCUGUGGCAUCUUCCUAUCAGCCAUCGGCAGCCUGCUGACGCCCGUCUGUGCAAAUACCAGCUUCGGUCUCCUCAUCGCCUGCCGCUUCAUCAUGGGCCUCGGACAGGCGGUGCUGUACCCAUGUUACCAAGUGGUGGUCAGUAAUUGGGCGCCUCCAAUGGAGAAAAGUCGAAUGACCAUUCUCGGCACAACAGGAAAUACGUGGGGCACCAUCAUUGGUAUGCCGAUUUCUGGACUCCUGGCCGGCUCCAGCCUCGGCUGGGAGUCCGUGUUUUACUUCUUCGGCGUCUCCAGCAUCAUCUGGUGCAUCGUCUGGGCCCUGCUGGUGUACAACUACCCAGAUGAGCACCCGCGCAUCACGCAAAGGGAGCGCAUCCUUAUCGAGACCAAGAAGCACGAGUAUCACACCGCCAUGGGCGGACAUCCUCAUCACGAGCGGCCUCCGGUGCCGUGGAAGGCCAUGUUCACCAGCGUGCCGUUCCUGUCGUCCGUGUUCGCCGCCUUCUGCUACAGCUGGGGCUGGUACAUGCUGCUCACCGAGCUGCCCACCUACAUGAACAACAUCCUGCACUUCAACAUCGACCAGAAUGCGCUUCUGUCUGCACUCCCAUACCUGUUUAUGUGGAUCGUGUCGAACAUCGCCGCUUUUUCACAAGACAAAUUGAUGAAGAGUGAAAAGCUGAGCAAAACUGCCAUUCGAAAGGUGUUUUCAUCCACAGGUCUGGUGUUCUCUGGCGUGUUCAUGGUAGUCGCAUCGUUCGCCGGCUGCGACCACGUCACCGUGGUGGCUCUGCUGUGCGUGGCCGUGGCGCUGGUCGGCCUCAUCGCCUCGUCGCUGCUCACCAACUACCUGGACUUGGCGCCCAACUUUGCCGGUAGCAUGAUGGGCGUCAGCAACACGGUCAUGACGCUGGCCGGCAUCCUGGCGCCCCUCGUCACCGGCGCCAUCGUCACAGGUAACGAGGACGAAGAGCACUGGCGCAUCGUGUUCGGCAUGACGGCCGGCAUCCAGGCGGUGGGCGCGCUGGUAUUCAUCAUAUUCGGCUCGGCGGAGGAGCAGUGGUGGAACCGCCACCCGACCCGCGAGGCGUGGGAGGCCGCCAACAAAAAGGAGACCAACACAGUAGAAAGGUUUUGAGGGGCGUACCAACAUCAUCCAAAGCAGUUUUAGGAGAAAAACAAGGAGAUGGCUUGAGCAUGGCGAUGUUGUCAUGACGGUUCCGCAGACACUGUGCUGGAACUACCCAGUACCCACGGCCGUGGUGGGAUGACAUCAGAAACGCUAACAAACGUCAGUGUUUGGCUCUGAUCUGGUAAAUCCGUGGAACCGACAGCCGCUAACUCUCAGUGCGUUUAUGUCUCAGUGUGUCAGCUGUGCGAAUGGUUAGUCAUCGAUACAGUUAUGCUUGAUUUGUUAACGUUAACCAAUGAAUGCAUGGUGCGACUCGGUGAAGUAGUUUUCAUCUUGCUCCAAUGUAUUUUAAAAACUUGCUGAACCCGACGCCUGCAUAAUCAUCCUGAAAGCACAGCGCCUCCCUUCAGUUUGGCGGAAACUGGAUGUUGUUCAUCUUAUUCUGGACCCACCAACAGACCAGCGUCUACGCGACCAUCAAACUAUCCUAAAAUAAAAUGCUUAUGUUUGAGGGACGGUAACGUCCGUUCCAAAUGCUAUCGAUUAUAUGUGAUGUAGAAAGAACUAUAUGGAUAGCUGUCGGUUAUCAAAUGAAUGUUGUGAAGUAUGUUUAAAAACACAUCAUCAAUACAUUACGACAGAAUA